GAACACGGUUACACUUGUGUUGCACUUCAUUGCACUUGUCCGCGGUAUCCGCCACGCAUCAGCUGUGCUAGCGUGAAAAUGGCUGCGGGGGUUGUGCGUUAGGUUAAGUUGAGUUAGGUUAUGUGUACAUCGCUGAAACAGAAACGUUCAAGCUCGAUCGCAUCUCGCGGACUAAGAUGAUAAGGAACUGGGUGAACGAACGAUCGGUGAGACAAGCUGAGUGCGCAAAAACGUCAAUGAGAAUCCGAUCGCCACUGCGUUGAAUCUCACGCACGCACUGCCGUGAUAAGACGCGAAUGAGCAAGUGAGAGAGAGCUAAUAGGAAAGGGAGAGCGAGAAAGAUAGAGCGGACACUCCUGGGCUGGCAAAAUAAAACGGUUGCACGCUUAAACGCUUGGAAUGGAUUAUGUAACGGCCAUCGAGGUCGCGGUUAAGCAGUUUUACUCAAGGGGCGACAAUGAUGCUCACUCCUGGCUUCUGCAGAUGCAGGCCUCCACCGAGGCAUGGCAGUUCGUUUGGCAGCUCCUGGGGCCUACCAAGACGUUGGAAGUGCAAUUCUUUGCGGCUACGACUCUGCACCUGAAAAUAUCGAAACAAUGGAACGAAGUGCCCGAGGUCGAGUAUCCCCAGUUGCAAGAACGGUUGCUCGUCAGUGUGAGAAGACCCAACACUCCUCCGUUUAUCCUCGUGAAACUGUGUCAAGCGUUAGCUGCGUAUGUGGCAAACGUGUACGGCAGGGGAAACAGGACGAAGGAUGGGAGCCUAGUCGAUGAAUUGUUCGAUAUUUUACCUUACGAUUCUCCACCUGCAUUGGAGCUGUUGCUUCGUGUACUGUCGACCUUGCCAGUCGAGUACGAAAGGAGGAACGAGCUAAAGCGUGCCAAAUUGCGGGAGGCGAUAUUCAACAGCUGGUGCCAAACCGCUUGGUUCCUGCAACAAGUUUUCUUGUUGUACAAACCGGAUGCUCAGAACGACAGCCUUAUGUUGUACACCUUGGGACUGGAGUGUGCUCAAUCGUGGCUCAAAGUCGGCCACUUACCUCUAGACGUUACCGGUCAAAUCUAUCCUCACUUAUUAGUGGCUGCAGCCUACUAUGCGCCAAGCAGAGAUGGUGUCGACAACGAGAACGUCAGGAACUGGGAGAUAGUCCAGGAUUCUUUGAUUAUGAUUGUCACACACUGCGAACUUUACAAACGGCCACAGACGUUCUGGGAGUGGGCUCAAAGCCUGGUGUCGAUGGCGAGGGAACAUAGUGGCAAGGACUUUUGCGAGAUCUUGACAGCGAUUGGUGAAACUCACUCUCGCACGUUCCUGAUCGCCUUAGCCCUGGAAAAUGAGAAUGAAACGCACGUGUGGACUGCUUCCAGCUUGAUUGAGCUGCUCUUAGAAUGUUCGGAGCAGGAGGGACGUUACCCCACGGAAGAAGCACGCAGCUGUAUUCCAUUCGGAUUUUGGUACGCGUUGCAGGACGAUCUCUCCACUUUGGAUCAACCGCUUGAAAACCGGGCGCUGCAAGUGUUGAAACCGAUUUAUUUCCGACUGGCCCAGGCGUUGCUGCGAAAAUCGGCGCUACCCGCAUCCCAGAGCGAAGGCGGUGACGCGGAGGACCGCGAACUCUUCAGAUGUUACCGGCAGGAUGCGGCGGAUACAUUGGAUUACUGUUACAGCGUGCUUGGUGAUGAUCUACUGGCGCUUCUCGGACAGCGAUUGAGCCAGACACUCGAGGACGUACCAUGGACUUACGUAGAAUCCACGUUACACGCUUUUAGAGCGCUAGCCGAGAGCGUCGGUACUCAGGAGUAUUGUUAUAUUCCUGCGCUGUUAGACCUGAUUCUUGGCCAUAUACCUUACCAUUUGUAUCCUGAGGAGAUACUGGCAUGCGUCUGCUCGACACUGGGUGCGUACGCCGAGUGGAUAGGAGAGCAUCCCGAGCCCUGGCUGGCGAAAGUGUUACAACUCGUUACUCAGGGACUGACCAAAGGCACUAUGACAGUACCUUUCGCGAGCAUGGCACUAAAAGACCUGGCCAGGGAGUGUGGACCACAUCUCGCUUCUUACGCACCGUCCAUCCUUCACACGAUCAGCCAAACGCUGCCGAAUGUUGCGCCCGGCGGCGGGGAAGGCUUACGCCUAAUGUAUGCAGCCGGCAAGCUGCUCAACGUCUUGCCCUUUGCGGAGCAACAGCUGGUGCAUCUAGAGGCGACUUUAGGACUGUGCGUGACAAAAAUGAAGGAGCUGCUGGAGCAACCGUUGUUCACGGCACGCGUCGGGGUGACGAAUUAUCUGAAAAUGGCCACCAUGUUCUUCUCCACUGUCGAAGGUGCGAUCGGCAAGGCUGUGUUAGAUGGUUUGCUACCGGUGUUCAAUCAGAUAAUUACGCAUCCCGAAUGGAGCCAGGACAAUGCAACACUCGAGGCGAUGCACAUGUGCGCGCAACGAUCCCUCUCAGCAUUACGGUACCCGGAAACGGAGGCGCGUCCUCUGCUGCUGAUCCUGUCGACCUCUUAUAAAAUCUGGCCGCACCCGGCCGCGCUGAAUCUACUGAAGCAACUCAUAGUGCUGUUCGGUAGAGAUCCGGAAAACGUCAUAGGCCCGGUACUCGCGGAAAUAAGCUUGAUAACGCUGAACGGCGUGAAGGCGUGUAGAUUGGUGCAGGGUGAUCUGUCCGAUUGGUCAGAUUUAAUGGAAGCGUAUCUGAGCGUGCUCGCUCAAAUCUGCAAGAAGAACGCGCGGAUAUUGCUGCAGAUCCCAGACCAGAUACCGGAUAUGCUGCAAUGCGGAAUCGCUUGUUUAACGCUUCCGGAGACACCCACAGCCAAAGCAGCAGGCAAUUUUCUUCAUCACGCGAUCAUGCAAAGUCCGCACUUGCAAACAUUCGUACAACCGAUCGGUCAGGAACUAGUCUCUGCAAUUCUGCACUGUGUUGGUGGAGGAACAUCUCACAGUAACUUUGAUCCUCACGCCGAAGUUUUGCUGGCGUUAAACAAAACGUGCCCAGAAUGGACGGCGCAGUGGCUACGUGCUGGUUUGGAAAAUCAAAAGGGCCUGGCCGCAGUUGUGCUACAGAAAGACAUUCUCACGCGGAUUUUACGUGAGAGGACGAACAGGAGCAAACUGUGUGAAGUGUUAAAGGAAUUUAGUAUUCAAUGCCGCCAAGAAACAGGACUGUGACAAUAGACUUUUAAAGAAGGAUGACAAACUUUGCUAUACGAGGUGAUUGAUUUAAGAUGAUGUAACACACACGCGGAAAAGUAUUAUGAAGUUAUUUCUUCAUUAUAAAUGCUGCAUAUUAUAUAUAAAAUUGUAUUUCGUACCGGUUUCGUACGUUCGCUUGCAUUGUGAGAAUGUAUUCUUUCGAUCGUAUGAAAGAAGUACCUAGUGCAAAGAUAUUUAGUCUCGCGAAAUGUAAAAUAGAUAGAUUGCGCGCGAUAAAAAAAGGAAAAGAAACAAAAGAAUUAUAUAUGGUAGUAAAAACAUGUAGAGGGAAAACAAAUUCAUGCAUUCUCAAGAAAUGUGUGAGUAUCGAGAAGCGAAAUUAAAUGGCUGUUAUUUUGUAACGAACGGACCGAAUGAAGUGAAUUAAAUAGUGUUCUGUAGAAGAGAAACCCGUCAUUUUUAUUACCAUAGGAAAUGUAAAAAAAGGAUGUACAUUUAUAAAAUUGUAAAGCUAAAUAUAAAAAGGAGCUGAGAAUUCAA